AUGUCACAAGUCCGGGCACGAGCGUUGGGCCAGGCAUUUGCUGAAAAUCGCCCGCACUUGGUGCAAAAGGGCCACCUUACACCUUUGAUUCCACCGAGCGAGUUCGCGGAUCGCCGGGCUAAGGUUCUGCAGCACAUGAAGCCCUCGAGUUUGGCGAUUGUCCCGGGCAAUGUCGUUCAGUUUGCAUCGCCUUCGGUGUUCCACCCGUUUCGCCAGGACCCUACUAUGCAGUAUCUCACAGGCUUUUUAGAAUCUGACGCUUGCUUGCUUCUGCAUAAAGGUUCCGAUAGUUCGAUCGCUGAGGAGAUCUUGCUCGUAAACGAAAAAGACACUUGGGCCGAAAAAUGGGAAGGAGAUCGCACGGGUACAGAACUGAUUCCUGAGCUGUUGGGUAUCGAAACGGCGCUUCCUAACUCGAAGCUGCGCCAAACAGUCACCAGCUUGCUUGGGUCUGUGUCGACAGUGUACGCUGAUCUGAGUCCAAAGGCCACUGUCCGGGCAGGUCCGUUUUUCCAUCACGAGCUGCCGGCACUUGCUCAUAACAGUAAGGCAAGUGUGCGAGAGCUUUCAGAUUUGGUCAAUCCUCUGCGGGCCAUCAAGAGCGAGAAUGAAAUUGAUGCGAUGCGUAUGGCUGCCGAAAUCUCGGCAAUUGGUUACAACCGUGCGUUCCGUCAGGAGUUUUAUUCUGAGCAUCAGCUGCAUGCCUUCCUGGACUUUAUGUUCCGCAACAGCGGCGGUGAGUCUGAUGCUUAUUUGGCAGUAGUGGCUGGAGGUGCCCAUGCUUUGACCAUUCAUUAUGUUCGCAAUGACGACGUUUUGCAGCCCGGUGACCUUGUGCUUGUAGAUGCAGGCGCGCGAUACGGCGGAUAUUGUGCCGAUAUCUCGCGUACGUGGCCUGUCAAUGGGAAAUUCAGUGGUCCUCAGCGUGAUCUAUACGAGGCAGUUCUCAACGUCAACAAAGCCUGCAUUGAAAGGUGCACUGUUUCGUCGGGAAUGUCUCUCCACGAUAUUCACAGGUUCUCUGAAAAGCAAAUGCAAAUUGAACUCGCUAACGCCGGUCUAGAGUUGCCGCGUAGCUUAGUAUCGGUUGCCUACCCGCAUUCUAUCGGUCACCAUCUUGGUCUUGACGUGCACGACGUUAGUGUUCAGGGUCAGUUGGAAGCCAACAAUGUGAUAACCAUUGAACCUGGUGUUUAUAUUCCAUUCGAUGACCGGUUCCCCAAGGCCUACCAAGGAAUUGGUAUUCGUAUUGAAGACAACAUUGUUGUCGGUAUCACAGGCUACGAGAAUUUGACCAUCGACACACUCAAAGAGGUUGAAGAGGUACAGAGAUGA